AAGUACUAGUGAUUAACAGAACAUUUGAUUUGUGCCCUAGAAGUUGGAAAAGCUCGAGCUUGCUGUUGUCUGGUUGGCCGUUGGGAAACUGCAGGAAAAAGGAAGAAACUGUAUUCAAAUCUUUCACUCAGCUACGAAAGGAAUCAAACUGAGGGUUCCAAUGAAUUGGUUGUUGCCACUUUAAUUCUGAGCAGAGAAAUUAGGCGGGUUCGAAGAGGAUGAGCAAAAAGAGAGAGAACUAUAAUGGGGAGGACGAGCCAGACUCAAAGAGGCAGAGGCUGCUUCCGCAGUCUUCUCCGUCUCCUCCUCCUCCCCUUGCAUUUGAAAACGCUCUGCUUCCCCUAGCUUCUUAUGAUGACGAUGAGGAGGAUGAGGAUGAAAGGAAAGAAGCCAGCCGUAGCAGUAGAGAUGAAGGUAGUGGUAGGAAUGUGGAGCAAAAUGGCCGUAGAGAUCGGGGACGUGGUUAUGAAGGUGAUGAUGAUGAGGAGGAGGAUGACCCUCACAAUGGAGGGCUUAAUCAAGGGAAGCGCAACCGCUUGAUUGAGGUUCGAAGAGAUUGCCCUUAUCUUGAUACCGUUAAUCGGCAGGUUUUGGAUUUUGAUUUUGAGAAGUUCUGCUCUGUUUCUUUGUCAAAUUUGAAUGUGUAUGCAUGUUUGGUCUGUGGAAAGUAUUACCAGGGCCGAGGGCAGAAAUCCCAUGCAUAUACUCAUAGUCUUGAAGCAGGACACCAUGUUUUCAUAAAUCUUCGGACAGAGAAGGUUUAUUGCCUUCCUGAUGGAUAUGAAAUUAAUGACCCUUCAUUGGAUGACAUUCGACAUGUUUUAAAUCCAAGGUUUAGUAGGGAACAAGUUGUACAACUUGACAAAAACAAGCUGUGGUCCAGGGCACUUGAUGGUUCUGAUUAUCUUCCUGGAAUGGUGGGGCUGAAUAACAUUAAGGAUACUGAUUUUGUGAAUGUCACAAUUCAAUCUUUAAUGCGAGUGACUCCUUUAAGGGACUUCUUCCUUAUUCCCGAAAACUACCAACACUACAAAUCACCGCUUGUUCAUCGAUUUGGAGAACUCACACGAAAGAUUUGGCAUGCACGGAACUUCAAGGGGCAGGUGAGUCCUCAUGAAUUUCUCCAGGCGGUUAUGAAAGCUAGUAAAAAACGGUUUCGAAUAGGUGUGCAGUCGGACCCAGUUGAGUUCAUGUCAUGGCUUCUUAAUACAUUACACACUGACCUUAGGACCUCAAAGAAAAAUUGCAGCAUUAUCUACAAGUGCUUUCAGGGGGAAUUGGAGGUUGUGAAAGAGACUCAUGGUAAAACUAUUGCAGAGAAAAAAGAAAAUGUUGAUGAUGAGAAUAGGGGUGCUACUGCAGAUGGUGGAAGUGAACAUGAUAGCAUUGUAAUGGAAACUUCUAGAAUGCCAUUCUUAAUGCUUGGUCUAGAUUUGCCUCCUCCACCUCUUUUCAAAGAUGUGAUGGAGAAAAAUAUCAUUCCUCAGGUUCCACUUUUCAACAUACUGAAGAAGUUUGAUGGUGAGUCUGUCACAGAAGUUGUACGCCCUCGUAUUGCAAGGAUGAGAUAUCGUGUUACCAGAUUGCCACAGUAUAUAAUUCUGCACAUGCGUCGAUUUACAAAGAAUAAUUUCUUCAUAGAAAAAAAUCCUACUCUUGUUAAUUUUCCCGUGAAGAACCUAGAGCUGAAGGAUUAUAUUCCUUUACCAGCACCAAAGGAGAAUGAGAAAUUGCACUCAAAGUAUGACCUGAUUGCAAAUAUUGUUCACGAUGGCAAGCCUGGGGAAGGAUUCUACAGGGUAUUUGUGCAGCGGAAAUCAGAAGAACUAUGGUAUGAGAUGCAGGACCUGCAUGUCUCAGAAACUCUACCCCAGAUGGUUGCCCUCUCCGAGGCUUACAUGCAGAUAUAUGAGCAGCAGCAGUGAAGUACAAAACUUGAGGUACUCAUCUUUCUUAGCCAUUAACUGGCUUAUUUUUAACCUGUGUCACGUUUGCAAUGAAAUUAUUACAAACAAAAGAGAAAAGGGGAAAUUGCGUGCCUUUCGAAGUGUCAGGAUUUGUGAAUCUGGAGAAAAUGCCUUCUCAGUUAACAGGAAAUGUUGAAGAUCAAAAUAUUUUCCCACCAUCAUUACUAAGCAUUGUAUACCUUUGAUGGUUCCAAUUGUUGUCAAUUUAGGGCUGGAAACUUCCCAACCGAUGAUUAUGUACAAUAUUUCAGAUUGAAAGCACUUAAGAUGUAGUUGUAGUUAUGCUGUUUGAGAAGAAUUCAAUUGAAUUUUUCACCAAUAUAAUUUUUGACCAGUGUGGUAGUGUUAUAAA